AUGGCCCGGCCCGGCGGCUGCAGGGAUUCCCCCCUCUACUACUACGGCAUCAAAUUCGCCCUGGCCGCCUACGCCACCCUCUUCUCGGUGCUGGGCCUGGCCAUCCUGGGCGUGGGGGUUUACGCCGAGGUGGAGCGGCAGAAGCACAAAACGCUGGAGGGCGUUUUCCUGGCGCCGGCCGUGAUGCUGCUGCUCCUGGGAGCCACCGUGUUCAGCGUCUCCUUCGUGGGCACCGUCGGGAGCCUGCGGGACAACCGGGCGCUGCUCAGGGCGUUUUUUUGGAUCCUCCUGGCGCUUUUCGUGGCCCAGCUGCUGCUGCUGCUGGCCGAGAUCGUCUUCGAGAGCAAGAUGCAUGCGGUUUUCCACGCCAACAUCCAAGAGGGCAUCAGGCACUACUACGAUGACCUCGACUUCAAGAACAUCUUGGAUUUUGUGCAGGAAAAGUUCUCCUGCUGCGGCGGUGACGAGUACCGCGACUGGCGGGUCAACCAGUACCACUCGUGCAACGGCAGUGGCCCGCUGGCCUGCGGUGUGCCCCACACAUGCUGCGUCAGGAGGGCGCCCGGAGAAGUCCUGAACACCCUGUGCGGGUACCGGACCCUCGGCAAGGAGCGCCUGGAGCUGCUCGGGGUCAUCCACGUCCGCGGCUGCAUCCACGCCGUGGGGCUCUGGCUCAGGGACAACGUCGAGGCCACGCUGGGCAUCGUCUGCGCCCUGCUGCUGCCCCAGGUCGUCGGCAUCGUUAUGGCCUGGCUCUACUGGCAGAAGCUCAACGACAUCUACUCCAGGCUGGACACGGUGGAUUUCAGGAGGCUCCAGCUGCGGGAUGUCAGCGUGGGGACGCUGGACCUGACGGGCGCCGGCUGGUGCUGGUGCCUGCCCAGGGAAGGGGGUUACGUGCCCGUUGGCGGCGAGGAAGACGAGGAGGAGGAAGGCGCCGGGAGCCGCCGGGAGGCGUGAGCGGCGGCCGGGAGCGGAGCUCCGGCGGGCGUCCGAAGCGGAGGGAUUUAUACGCUCGGGUUCACACGAUGCUUGGGGUGGGGA